CCCAAACUCUUGGUUUUUUUCUUCUUCUUUUUUUGAAAUAUCUCUUUGUUUUUUUCUUUCUCAUACUAUAGAAGGAUUCAAAGUUGCAGAGCCAUCGAAGAUACUGAAGCUGCAAUACUAUUCAUUUUGCAUCAUACACACACUAUAUAAUAUUUUGUUAAAACUGACGACUCAUUUGGGGAUUCUGAUGGUCUCAAGGAUCCUGGGUUGAAGAAGAGACAUAUUCUAGUUAUGGAGGAGCAAUUCUUGCUUAGAGUUCCACCUAGUAUUGCGGAGCAGAUAGAGCGUCUUCUGAAUGAAAACAAUCCUUCUUCUUCGUCUGAAGACAAGUCAUUAGAUUUGUCAUUUAGUGAGGAUGGAAGAAGUGGUACAUUUGUGAUUGGGAAUGAUCACUUUCCAGCUUCUCUAUUGGACCUUCCUUGUGUCGUUGAAUCCUACAAGACUUAUGAUGAUAGCUCAUUGAUUAAAACUGCUGAUAUUGGUCAGAUGAUUAUGGUGAGGGAAUCUGGUGAUGCUGCUCCAGAUGUAAUUGAGUACAGACAUGGCCUCACCCCUCCUAUGAGAGAUGCCCGCAAGCGUAGAUUUCGCAGAGAGCCUGAUCUCAAUCCUGAGCUUGUUUCACGGGUUGAGAAAGAUCUUCUCAAAAUCAUGGCAGGAGGAACAGCUGAUUCACAUGUGGAAGCAGCUGAGCAAGAAGGGGAUGAGAAUACUCGAGGUGCUAAUAAAAAACCUGCACCUACACCUGUACCAAAACACAAUGUUCCGGAGACUCUUACAAAUGCAGGGGAACCCGACAGGACUGACUCUGACGAAUCUGAUGACUCUGUUUGACUGAAAUCAGCUACCAAAGAAUAUUACAAUGAUGAAAUGUAUUGAAUAACUUCUUGCUGUUAAAUCUGUCUCUCACCUACCAUUUAAAAUCGGUUACAGUGGAUUUGCUAUCCCACAUUGUGCAUUUCACUUGCGAAAUGAUUUGUUGUAUUUUACGCUGUAUUUAAUUGUCGAAAAACCUUUUAGGUCCUGAUUUCCCCUGCAUAUAUGUGAAUAAGGUUAAGCUGGUAUUUAUUUCAAGCCAUUUUGUUUAAAUGUUUACUCAUCCAGCCAUGGAGGGUGUGAC